AUGGCUGCCCCUCAACUACGCAGUCGGAGGUGGACGAGGGCUUCCUACCUCAUAUCUACCGAUAGCGAUCUUAUCCCGAUUCCAGUUCUCAGCUCGUUUUUCGCGUCGAAGGGCUUCUACUGGGCCAAUCCUCUUCCCGAGCCCGUCAUGCGACAAACAUUACAAAAUUCGUUAUGUUUUGCGCUGUACGAUAUCAAUUCCAACUCAGUGGAGGCCGCUGAAAACAUUCUCCGACAAAGAGCAGCAGUCAACUCCGAAGACGACCCAGACGACACCACUUGCAACUUGGGGAGCGAAUGCCAGCCAACACUCAUCGGGUUUGGCCGCAUCAUUACGGAUUUCGUGACUUUUGCAUUCUUGACCGAUGUUUGGAUUGAGCUCUCCACACAGGGACAGGGGCUAGGCUCAUGGCUGAUUGGCUGCGUACAAGAGGUUAUUGAAUCGAUGCCACACCUACGCAGAAGUAUGCUCCUUACAAGUAGUUGGGAAAAGUCUGUGCCAUUUUAUCAGAACUUGAUGCACAUGGAGUUGAUGAACGAACCCGAUGGAAAGAGACCAGCAGUUAUGGAAAUGAAAUGGAAGGGGCUAGUUGAUGGAUGGCAAGGCAUCUAA